CGGAAGUGAGCCGACCAGUUCGAGAUUAAUCUGACGUGGGAAAGGAAGUCGGGCUGGUUUCCCGGCACUUCGGACCCCUUUUCCUCCCCAGUUUCCCCCCUUCACCCCCGGGCCCCGGCCCGGCGCCUGCCGUUCCCACCAUGCUGGACUUCUUCACCAUCUUCAGCAAGGGAGGCCUCGUGCUGUGGUGUUUCCAAGGCGUGCGGGGCCCCGCGGCGGCCUGCACCGCCCCGGUGAACGCGCUCAUCCGUUCGGUGCUGCUCCAGGAGCGAGGUGGCAGUAACUCCUUUACCCAUGAGGCCCUUACACUAAAGUACAAGCUGGACAAUCAGUUUGAGCUUGUCUUUGUGGUUGGAUUUCAGAAAAUUCUGACUUUAACCUAUGUGGAUAAGUUGAUAGAUGAUGUCCAUAAGGAGUUCCGAGAUAAAUAUCGAAAUGAAUUCCAGCAGAAGGGAACUCUAGGCAUUCUGAAUGGCACCUUUGAUUUUAAAGAUGAUUUUUUGCGUCUCCUACGGGAUGCAGAGGAGAGCAGUAAAGUCCGAGCUCCCGCUGCCAUGAAGACAUUUGAACAGUCAGCAAAGUCCCAAAAAACUGUAAAGUCUAUGAUAGAAACUCGAGGAGAGAAACCAAAAGAGAAAACUAAGAACAAGAAGAACAAAGGUUCCAAGAAAGAGGGAAGUGAAGCUGCUGCCGUCCCCAUGGCAGCCCCCACUGUAAAACAGGACCCUCCCACUGCUGCUGGGGACAAGGAGGAACUGACCAAGGAUGAGAUUCUACAGAAAAACCGGGAGGAGUUCUUCAGGAAACGUAUGAAGGGGAGUGAGAAAGCCACCAAGUCCCCAAAACCAGAUGCUCAGAAGGACAAGGGGAAGAAGCCCAGAGUGUGGGAUCUGGGGAACUCUAAUGCCAAAGUACUUGAUUAUAGUAACUCCACUACCAAUGGAAAUGGAGACACCUGUCCCAUGGAGGAUUAUGAUGCAGAAAUGGUCAUUGGGGAUCGUGACCGUGAGCCUGGCCUCCUCCGUGAUCUUGAAUACGAGAGUGAAGAGGAAACUGAAGAAGAGGAGAAGGUUAUUCAGAAUUCCUCAACCACAAGUGCCAAGAAAGGAGGUCUUGGAGGCAUGUUUGGGAUGCUGAAAGGCCUUGUGGGCUCAAAAAGCUUGACCAGAGAGGACAUGGACCCUGUGCUGGAGAAGAUGAAGGAUCACUUGAUUGCGAAGAAUGUUGCUGCUGACAUUGCUGUCCAGCUGUGUGAAUCUGUUGCAAAGAAGUUGGAAGGCAAAGUUAUGGGCACCUUUACAACGGUGACCUCGACGGUGAAGCAGGCCCUUCAAGAGUCUCUGGUACAGAUUUUGCAGCCUCAGCGCCGUGUGGAUGUCUUGCGCGAUGUGAUGGAUGCCCAGCGUCACCGCCGACCCUACGUCAUCACCUUUUGUGGUGUCAAUGGAGUUGGGAAGUCAACAAACUUGGCCAAGAUUUCUUUCUGGCUGAUUGAGAAUGGGUUCAGUGUCCUCAUUGCGGCAUGUGAUACCUUCCGUGCUGGAGCCGUGGAGCAGUUGCGCACGCACACUCGCCGCCUGAAUGCUCUGCAUCCUCCCGAGAAUCACCACGGCCGCACCAUGGUGCAGCUGUACGAGAAGGGGUAUGGGAAGGACGCAGCCGGCAUUGCCAUGGAAGCCAUUAUGUAUGCCCGGAAUCAAGGGUUUGACGUAGUCUUGGUGGAUACAGCUGGCCGGAUGCAGGACAACGCUCCCUUGAUGACAGCUCUGGCUAAACUCAUUGCGGUCAACACCCCAGACCUUGUCCUGUUCGUGGGAGAGGCGCUGGUGGGGAACGAGGCUGUCGAUCAGCUGGUCAAAUUUAACAAGGCUCUUGCUGAUCAUUCAAUGUCUCAGACCCCACGCCUCAUUGAUGGAAUAGUGCUCACCAAAUUUGAUACCAUAGAUGACAAGGUUGGUGCUGCAAUCUCCAUGACAUACAUCACUAGCAAACCAAUAGUGUUUGUGGGUACUGGACAAACCUACUGUGAUCUGCGUAGCCUUAAUGCCAAGGCUGUGGUUGCUGCUCUCAUGAAGGCCUAAGCACCCGUCAUUGCACCAAAUUCCUGUCUGCAGAUUAUCUUGGAAUGUGCUUUCCAGCAAUGUGGCUGUCUUAGUCCUUCUUUCAUUCUCUCCCCCACCCCUACCCCAUUUAGCAUAGCACAACACAGAAUGGGAGGGAUGCUGGAAGAAGGGGCUAUUUAUUUGCUGCCUUUUAAAUCCUCCUCUCGGUUUCAUUCACACACACCCCUUCCCGCUGUGGCAGCAUGAGACUUUAGCCUAUCUUCAGUUCUAUUCCACAUCUUUGAAACUGACUGUACUUGUCCGUUGGUUCCAGUGUCUUCUGGGCAAAGGAGGAGUUUUCCUCUAGCUAGAGACCGCUGCUUUGGAGCAGUUCCUGGAUUACCUGCAUUUGACUCGGGGACCCCUCUUUCCCGUCUCCCUUCAUUCUGUCUAUUUGGGACAGUAGCCAAAGCCAGAGCUUUGUAUUGUUCAUCCCAAGUCAGUGGGUCUCAUAAGGAAUUAGGAAGGGAGGCUGCUUUGCCAAUUACUAACCACCUAUGACUUCUGCUUUACUUUAAAAAAAAAUGUCCUGUGAACCUGAAUCUGCAGCUGCUCCAGAUGAUAGAUCCGUAAUCCAGAAAAGCAUGGGGGUGUUGAAUGAGCUGCUUCCUGAUAGUGAUGUGGACAUUCUGUAGAACGGAGAUCAGUGCUGCCUUGUGGGAUAGUUCUCGUGGAUCAGGCUUCAGCCUGGCAGCUUGCUUUGACCACAACAACACACCAAAGCUUUCAGACCCCUCCUCCUCAGGUUACUCCUGCUGCUUCCAGUGGGGAAGAGGAGAGGGAGGCUGCUGAUGCCUUAAAAAGGUCCUGCUUGCUUCCGUCAGUGGGACUCUUCACAGCAGGACCAUCCAGAAACUGCCCCCAGACUGUAUCGUUUGCAAAAGCACAGGGGCCUCUGCAGGGCCACCUCUAACCCAUGCAGUCCAGCGCAUCCAUCUGUUCUCAUAAGAACAUGGGCCAGAACUGAUCAGAGAGCAGCAUCUGUUGCCUUUCUUACUGGAACACAGCUCUGGGUACAAAAUAGCUGCCAUUGCUGCUGCAUGGAUAGAGGGCCCUCCUUGCAUUGAACUUGUCAAGAGUCACAGCCGGUGAGCACACACUGAUUUUGCACACUGCACUCAAGCUGCAUAGGUUACCAAGAAAGCUUGAGCUCACAAUAAAUGCUGCAGACAAUCCCUUUUCUCCCUGACCCCUCCCUGCAAGCCAGGGGCUGAAACCAUCCACCCAAGAAGAGCUGGUUCUGUGGAUUCGUUUUUAAGGCUGAUCAGUGAAUUUUAAUUAGACCAGGAACAAAUGUCUUCUAAUACGGAAAAACUGUUUUAAAAACACAGAAUCUUGAUUAUGAUCCUGCCUCGCAGCUCUUUUCCUUUUCCAGUCUAAUCAUAGGUUAGAAUAAGCCUGAUCCACACGAGCCUCUGCAUGCUUUCCUACCUGCAUUGAUUUCUGCUUUUCCAAACCAGUCUGUGAAAAGGAAAUUGCUGGUGGGGAUCAUGCUGGUGGCUGCUUUUUGCUGCUUGCCCCCCCUGCUCCCCCCUCCCUUCAGAGUGCCUCUUGAUCCCGGUAUUAAGUGCUAUGUUGAAUAAUACAAAACUCUCUAUGAAGACGUCUUGUAGCUCGGUAUUGCAGAUGUGCUCUAGUGCAAUAAGUUGAAUGCUGUCUGCUAAAAAGUAAUUUAUAUAAUAAAAAGUCAUUUAAAAAAAA